CUUUCAGUCGCAAUUAAAAUCCCAACAAAAAGCAAGACGGGAGGUUUGCCAAACUUCCGCCGCUGACUGUCGUGGAAGAAACCCUGUCUGGAAGUCAACUAGUCAUGGAUGGCGAAGAGAAAACCUACGGUGGCUGUGAAGGCCCCGAUGCCAUGUAUGUGAAGCUGAUCUCUUCAGAUGGCCAUGAGUUCAUAGUGAAAAGAGAACAUGCCUUAACUUCUGGAACAAUUAAGGCUAUGCUGAGCGGACCUGGCCAGUUUGCAGAAAAUGAAACAAAUGAGGUCAAUUUCAGAGAGAUCCCAUCUCACGUCCUCUCCAAAGUGUGCAUGUACUUCACCUAUAAAGUGCGAUACACCAACAGCUCCACGGAGAUUCCUGAAUUCCCCAUUGCCCCCGAGAUUGCACUGGAACUGUUAAUGGCUGCGAACUUCUUAGAUUGUUAAAAGAUCGAAAGUAAAUGUCCAAGCCUCAGCGUGUUAGUUGUGUUUUUGCAAAUUUAACUUGUGUAUGCAGUUUAUUUGAGAAGGAGACGGAAUGAGUUGCUUUUUAUGUAUCCUCAGUAAACUUGUUUAUUUUUUCCCUGUGCGCUAAGUAUUACUCCACCUUUUAUUAAUAGUGAUUAACUUCAUUUUAAUAAACAUGGCUGCACACACCCAUACAUAGUUGCAGUGUGAAGAGCUAUGAACUGGGUAGUUUUACUAUAAUAUUAGUUCUUGUCCUUUAUGCUCAUUAUAGCAUUUAUGGUCUCUACAUUUUGCUCAUUUGGUAUUUCAUCUUUUGUUCAAACACACUGUCAAAUUAGGCAUGACCCACCACCACACCACACACACACAAACAAAACAAUUCUUAUUCGCUGGUCUGAUUAAUGUAUAUUUUUAAUUGAUGCACUGAUGAAUAGUUUUGGCUAAUUUCUGGUCUGAUAAAUACACAACUUUUAAUGA